AUGGGGUCAUGGAAUAAGCGCCCAUUGUGUGCAGCAGAUACAUGGCGCGAAGUAAAGCACCAGCGCUGCUGCGCAUACGAAGAUGAUAGUGAUACAGAGAGCGGUUUAAAGCGAGCCUAUUCACCGCCACCAUGGGAGGACGACAGCACGUAUGAUGAGGGUCCAUCGAUGAAGCGGCGACAUAUUGAUCGCGAGAUGAACGGGCACAUGUUGCAAAUGUCAAUUCAGGACUCUAGAGCGACAGCACCCGAAUCUACAUGCAUCCAUGACGAGGAUAUGACACAAGGAAACUCCUACGAAAUUGCACCAGAUCGUAUCUACGUUCACUCACUAGAUGAUGAUGACGACGAUAAUUCAGAUGUGACAGACAACUCAUGGCAGGUACAUCCUCGUAUUGCAAGACAUUUAAACGAAGAAGAAUUUAGACGCCUUCAUCAACGCCUGGAUGUGCCACGCUGGAUUGCUCCUUCAAAUGAACCUGAUCCACCAAAAGCUCUUGUGCUAUGGAAGCCGCCUCUAUGGACGCCUGCGACAGAGGAGCCGGCCGAGUCCAUGGAUAUAGGUUCGUAG